AUUCGGUUUGAACCGAAAGCGGAGUGUGACCUUCCCGGGCGGCGGAGACCGGCAGGAGACCGAGCGAGCGGACCCAUGUCAGCACUCCCGUCCACGACCCUCGCCACGGAGAUGAACAGCAACUUAGCUGGAGAUGAAAUCGGGAAGCUGUUUGUGGGUGGAUUGGACUGGAGCACCACCCAGGAGACUUUACGAAACUACUUUUCUCAAUACGGAGAGGUUGUGGAUUGUGUGAUAAUGAAAGACAAAAGCACAAAUCAGUCCAGGGGCUUCGGCUUUGUGAAGUUUAAAGACCCCAACUGCGUAAGGACCGUCCUGGACACUAAACCUCAUAACCUGGAUGGUAGAAAUAUUGACCCAAAGCCAUGUACACCUAGAGGCAUGCAGCCCGAAAAGACUCGGGCAAGAGAUGGCUGGAAAGGAGGCAAAAGCGAGAGCAAUAAAUCUAAGAAAAUAUUUGUGGGAGGAAUUCCUCAUAAUUGCGGAGAAGCUGAACUCAGGGAUUAUUUCAACAGAUUUGGAGUGGUCACAGAGGUGGUCAUGAUCUAUGACGCUGAGAAACAAAGGCCUCGAGGUUUUGGAUUUAUUACUUUCGAGGCCGAGCAAUCAGUGGACCAGGCUGUCAACAUGCAUUUUCACGACAUCAUGGGCAAAAAAGUUGAAGUCAAGAAGGCGGAGCCUCGGGACAGCAAAGCUCCCGCCCCUGGUCAGCUGGGCGCCAAUCAGUGGGGGCCCCGAGCCAUCUUGAGCACAGCCAAUGGCUGGGCAGCCCAACCUGCUCCGAGCUGGCAGCAGAGCUAUGGGCCUCAGGGUGUUUGGGUGUCUACAGGUCAGCCACUUGCUGGGUAUGGACCAACUUUACCUGCCGGGCGAGUGGCAUCUGCACAGCCUCCCUCUCCCUUUAAUACAUUUAUAGUCGCAGCAACACCUACGGGGGGAUUCGGGGCACCUCAGGGAUACCCCCAACAGGGCUUUAGCACACAACCUCAAUUUGGAUAUAGUUUUGGCACCCCGCAAGGUGACCAGUUCAUAGCACAAGGAAUGCCACCCCCUCCCGCCACACCAGGGGCAGGACCCCUGACUUAUGCUCCGGCAACGACUCCCUCUCAGGACCUGAGCAAAGCCGCCCCAGCACAGCCGGAAUUCUCCUACAGCCAAUAUGGCUUGGGUAACUAUCCUCAGGACCCCUCUGCCUACGGACCAACGCGUCCUUCUCACACUUAUGUACAGGAAGAGCAGGGAUAUAGCGCAGGUAGAUUCAGAUACUUUGGCCACAUACACACUGCAAAGUUUUGGAAGUGGGAACCACAUUCAAUUUGUUAUGGGCAGGACCUGAGUGCUUUUGGUCAUAGCUUUGCAGAUCCCAGCCAGCAAACUGCCUCAUACGCCGCAGCCCCCACCGCACCCUCGUCGGGAGCCCAACCGGCAGCUGGCAGCUUUGGACGAGGACAGAACCACAAUGUACAGGGCUUCCACCCCUAUCGACGCUAAGCUGCUCUAAACCCCCCCCCCCCCAAUGCAAUACACAUCGUCAGGGAUUCAGACGUUUCCAUCACAAAUUGGACUGGAUUUUGGGAUUGUCUUUUUGAACAUUGCAAUUAAAAAAAGUUUUAUUGUGUGUGUGACUGUGGCUCUACUCCGAUAACAGGAGAACACAGUACUCUUCUAUAUUUUGUAGUAGGACUGAAAUAAUGAUGUAUUUAGCAAUAGAUUUUUAUUGUCUGGUCAAACAUCAGCACAGAACAGAGGCACCAGACAUCACUGACAGGGUCUCCCAAUUAUUCAGCUUUAAUUCUAUUAGUGGGAAAAUGUUUUUAUUUUCAAUUUGUGACUUUUAUUUACUCUAUGAGCCUUUUAUCAUUUUAUUUAUGUUUGGAAAUAGUUGACAAAUGUGUAUUAUACACCUAAACUGUGCAAUUUUUUAAAGAAUUUUGUACUAAUA